UUAAGGAGGGAGGCGGGGUGGAGGAGAGGCGCAGGGCUGAGCGAGAGCCCCGGCUUCCUGCCUCCUCUCAGCCGUCGUGGACGCGCGUCCAGGGGGCCCCGAGACUUCCCCGGCGAGGGCCGAGUGUUACUUCCUCCCGGAGGUUGCUUUACACUCACGAGUGGUGCGCGGUUGCACGGAGCAGCGUGCCCCUGGGGGCGCAGCUCCGGCCGGGCUGGCCGUCCCCCGACGGGUCCUGGUCCGCGGCGGGCUUCGCGGGCUGAGACCCGCUCGGUACCCGUCUGCGUCGCUGCGGCUGCGGACGCAGCGGGGUGUCCUGCUCCCGGGGCUGCAGGGAGGGGAAGGCCUGUCCUUAGGGCCACGUCACUGGGUGUAAAGGAGAGGUCCUCUUAAGAGAAGAUGCUUUGAAGUGCAAGUUAGUUCUCGGGCAGGGAGCCAUGAUCCCUCCGAGGCUUUUCUCAGCAAGAUCCUGGGCCGCGUUGGAGGGCGUGGGGCGCUGGACUCCGUGGGCACGAGUGGUCCCUGGGCCCGGCCGGCUGUUUCCACUGCAUGCUCCUUCCAGGCUGCUCUUGGUCGGCUGUGCCCACCGCACCAAGCACCAGGAGCCCUCCGGAAAGAAACUGCUCUCUGAGAAGAAACUGAAACGGCAUUUUGUGGACCAGCGCCGGGUGCUUGUCCGGGGCGGCCGCGGAGGCGACGGCGCGAGCUGCUUCCACAGUGAGCCGCGGAAGGAGUUUGGAGGCCCCGACGGGGGCGACGGCGGCAGCGGCGGCCACGUCAUCCUGAAAGUUGACCGGCAAGUCAAGUCCCUCUCCUCGGUCCUGUCUCAGUAUCAGGGAUGCGACGGAGAAGACGGCGGCAGGAAGAACUGCUCUGGGCGAAACGGCGCCCUCCUCUACGUCCGGGUCCCCGUGGGCACGUUGGUGAAGGAGGGCGGCCAAGUCCUGGCUGACCUCUCGCACCCGGGCGCCGAGUACGUCGCCGCUCUGGGCGGGGCCGGAGGGAAGGGCAACCGCUUCUUCCUGGCCAACGACAACCGGGCGCCGGUGACCUGUACCCCCGGGCAGCCCGGGCAGGAGCGAGUCCUCCUCCUGGAGCUCAAGACGGUGGCCCACGCUGGGAUGGUUGGAUUUCCCAACGCGGGGAAGUCGUCGCUUCUCCGGGCCAUCUCGAACGCCAGGCCUGCUGUGGCUUCGUACCCGUUCACGACCCUGAACCCCCACGUCGGGGUGGUUCACUACGAGGACCACCAGCAGGUAGCAGUGGCCGACAUCCCCGGCAUCAUCCGCGGCGCCCACCAGAACAGGGGCCUGGGCCUCGCCUUCCUCCGCCACAUCGAGCGCUGCCCCUUCCUCUUGUUCGUGGUGGACCUUUCGGUGCCAGAGCCGUGGGUGCAGCUGGACGACCUGAAGGCGGAGCUGGAGAUGUACGAGCCAGGCCUGUCCCGGAGGCCCCACGCCGUCGUGGCCAACAAGGUCGACCUCCCUCAGGCCAGAGCCAGGCUGCCCCAGCUGCAGGCCCGCCUGGGCCAGGCGCCCAUCGCCCUGUCGGCUGUCACUGGGGAGAACCUGGAGGGGCUGCUGCAGCGUCUCAAGGAGCUGCACGACGACCACGUGGCCGUGGAGCUGGAGCACGGCCGCCAGCCGCUGCGGUGGUAGCGCUGGGAGGUGGGGGCCGGGCCGCAGCGACCGAGGGGGCCAAGCAGGAAGCUUCAGAGACGUGCGAGGAGGCGUUGCUGCGUCUGCCUCUCUGCCAGCCCCCUGCCCUCCCUCGGCCUCAGCCGUUUUGGUGGCAGACAUCCUCAUCCGGGGGCGCCCGACAGCCUGGGACCGAUGCCCCAGACGGGCUGGGCCGCGUUCACUGGCCCUAAUUAGCAGGGACCACGUGGCUGGCUGACGUCACCAAAGGCUAGAGCGCACAGAUGACAGCACGCGGACGGGACGGGAGCCAGCGUUCCCAGCGCUGACCCGCGGGUGGUGGCAGCUGUCCCAGGGGUGGGCGGCUUUGCAGGGAAGCGCUGUCUGCUGCGGGGGGGCGGGGGAUGGGAGCGUUUGCAGGCGCCACCCUCUUCCCAAGCUGCUGCGUCUGAAGGAAGCAGCCAGUGUGACCCCCGAUUGUCCCAGACAGCACCCGGCUCUGUGGGCGUCGAGCUCCACGACCGAAUGCUCCCAAUAUCCGACCCGGGGACGCUUGGCCUCGGGCCCUCGCCGAACAUGCCUGGUUAUUAACUGCGGGCUGCGGGCGGGGGCCUGGCAGCACCGUCCCCGAGGUGGGCCCUGGUCCGGUCUGUGCUUGCAGGCGUUGGUGGAGCCGCACCCACUCCCGGCUGCCCCCGGCCACUCCUGCAGCAACAUGGUCUGGAACCUUUGUUUCCUGCAGACAGUCUGACCGUGUGAGAGACAUGUCCCUGAGGGCGAGGUGGCAGCGACAGAAGGCUGUGAGGAGGGGGGCCCUGGACCCUUUGAGGGUCGGCUCAGGGUCCCCAGGCGCUGGGAGCCCUGGGCGGCGGCUUUUCUGUGCGGGGGCUGGGCAUUGCUCGAGUGAUAAGCUGGCGCCUGAGCUCUCCGCAGCAAUUCGGUUCUGAUCUGACAUCCGAUCAGCAGCUCCAACAAGAGUCCUUCACCCGAAGCUUUUUUUAAUGUCUUGUAAUUUCAGAGGUCCUUGUGUUCUGGAAACCAGAGAUGGGUUUUGCAUCUGUUUGUUCUCCCUCUCAGGCCACCACAAAGGGUUUCAUAGAGUAAAGCCAGGUCUGAGUAGCAUUAA